CACUGCGCACCCCCUCUCUCUCUCUCUCUCUACUAGGUCAGCUUCUCUCUCUCUUUCCUCCAUCUUUCUCCAAAAUCGGCCUCUCUGCUCGAAAUCAAUUUCCACUUUUUUGGGUUUUGAAUCACCCGAUCUCCAAGUAAUGUUUCGAAUUCUCUUCAAUCCUCAAACCUCAGCACCCAUAUCCACCACCACGCUUCUCUCUACUCUCUUCCCAAUCAUGCAAUAAUUAAAAUCCCCUUUCUUUCUCUUUCUCACUCCUUAACCCUAAUCCUUUUUCUUCAAGAUUUUCCAAGAAAUGGACCCAUCUCUUCUCGAUGACAUAAUCAAUCGGCUUCUUGAAGUUAGAGGGAAACCCGGAAAGCAGGUGCAGCUAUCGGAGUCGGAGAUCAAGCAGUUGUGUGUAGUUUCUAGGGAUAUUUUCUUGCAACAGCCUAAUCUAUUGGAACUUGAAGCACCCAUCAAAAUUUGUGGUGACAUUCAUGGUCAAUAUUCUGAUCUUCUUAGGCUUUUUGAGUAUGGCGGAUUACCUCCUCAGGCCAAUUACUUAUUUUUGGGGGACUACGUUGAUCGUGGCAAGCAAAGCCUAGAGACAAUUUGCCUUCUUCUUGCAUAUAAGAUAAAAUAUCCAGAAAACUUUUUCCUACUGAGGGGCAACCAUGAGUGUGCUUCUAUAAAUCGUAUAUAUGGAUUUUAUGAUGAAUGUAAGAGAAGAUUUAAUGUUAGGUUAUGGAAAAUAUUCACAGAUUGCUUUAACUGCUUACCCGUGGCAGCCCUAAUUGAUGAAAAGAUUCUAUGCAUGCAUGGGGGCCUUUCUCCUGAUCUGCACCACUUGGAUGAAAUUAGAAAUUUACACCGCCCAACUGAUGUACCCGAUUCUGGUUUGCUUUGUGAUCUUCUCUGGUCUGAUCCCAGUAGAGAUGCUCAAGGUUGGGGAAUGAAUGACCGGGGAGUUUCUUAUACUUUUGGUGCUGACAAGGUGACAGAGUUCCUACAAAAGCAUGAUUUGGAUCUUGUUUGCCGUGCUCACCAGGUUGUAGAGGAUGGUUAUGAGUUCUUUGCUAACCGACAACUUGUAACCAUAUUCUCGGCACCCAAUUAUUGUGGGGAGUUUGACAAUGCUGGUGCCAUGAUGAGUGUCGAUGAGACACUUAUGUGCUCUUUCCAAAUACUAAAACCUGCAGAAAAGAAAUCAAAGUUCAAUUUUGGAAACACUCCAGGUGUCAAUUUCUUUGGCAGCACUACAACAGCUAAACCGGGAAACACUCCAACUGGUGUCAAGUCGUUCCUCGGUGCAAAAGUAUGAGACCUUUGACUUUGGUGAAGUUGCUGCAGUCCAGUUGGGUCAUUGAAGGAAGGGAGAAAUUCAAGGUCCAUUUAAAUUUCACUAUGCUCUGAUGGAAAUUGUGAAAAUAAAAAGAAAGAAUCAUUAGUAACAAAUGCAAAUAUUAUUUUUGCUCUUUUUAAAGUUAGUUUGAAAAAAGAAGGGUGAACUCUCCUUCCUCUUCUUCCAACUUUGUACACUAAUACCAGCUACAGAUGCUGCUCUGAAUCAUUAGUGUGGGUUCACUAUCUCCAUCAUAUUUUUAUGAUAUGAACAAUGUCAAGACUGCAUGUGCCAUGUAUUUCAAUGUUAGAUUUGCGGAGCAAUUUGUGAAGAGUAAAAGAAACAACAAUAGAAAGAAGAGGGUCAUGUUUCAUGGGAUCAAAAAAUUUAUACUCCUGACUUUUCAUGAAAAGAAACAACAAUAGAAAGAAGAGUGUCAUAUUUCAUCGAA